AUGGAAAAUCAGAACAAUGUCACAGAAUUUGUUUUCGUGAGGCUGUGGGGAAAUAAGCAAAUAGAGCUACUGUUCUUUUUCUUGUUCCUGCUCUGUUACCUGGCCAUCUUAAUGGGGAACUUCAUCAUCUUACUCACGAUCACCUGCAGCCAUCUAAUCCAACAACCAAUGUACUACUUUCUCUGCCACCUUUCCCUCAUGGACCUCUGCUACACCUCCACUGUGGUCCCCCGGCUGAUCAGGGACUUAGCGGCAGCAAGAAAAAAUAUUUCCUAUAAAAACUGUAUGACCCAGCUCUUCACUGCCCACUUGCUAGCGGGUGUGGAAAUAUUCAUCUUGGUGUCCAUGGCCUUUGACCGCUAUGUUGCCAUUGUCAAGCCCCUGCAGUACAUGGUCAUCAUGAACCGGCAGAGGUGUAACAUGCUGAUUAUCGUGGCCUGGGUUGUGGGGUUUUGGCACUCUGUUGCUCUGCUGCUCAUGGUACUCAGUUUGCCUUUCUGUGGUCCUAAUCAG